AGUGUGUUCAUCGUUUGAACAACAGUCAACUAGAAAUCACAAAUUUUGAUACCUCAGGGUUAACAUAGUUGGAUUAACAUGUUCAGCAAGAUUGUCUUUUUGAGCGCCGUUUUGGCCGUGACAGUUGCCGGAGCCCUUCCCGUUUAUGAUUCGCAUCAUUACGAACAUGAUCUGCAUCAUUACGAGCCUCAUUUGAUCGAAAAUCAUCAUGAUCAUCACGAACACCAUGAUGUACAUGAUUAUUACGCUCAUCCAAAAUACCAAUUCAAAUAUGGCGUUGAAGAUUACCACACUGGUGACCAUAAAUCUCACCAUGAGGAACGCGAUGGCGGCGUAGUCAAAGGAGAAUAUUCCGUUGUUGAACCCGAUGGCACCAUCCGCACAGUGCAUUACACCGCCGAUGACCAUAAUGGUUUCAACGCUGUUGUCACCAAAUCCGGUCACGCUGUACACCCUGAAGUGGUCAAGGAAGUCCCAGUCUACCAUCAUGAAGUCCCCGAGUACCACCAUGACCAUCAUCAUCAUUAUUAAAUUACUAGAAUGAUUAUUAUAGACAUCAAGAGAUAAUUAUUGAGUAAUUUAUUCGUGGAUUGUACAUAAUAUAAAAAAUAAAUGCAUUUGUGUCAAAAAUAAAAUAUAUAAUCUUAAAAUCUG